CGCGGACGGUGGUCUGGGUGCAGACGAUACUGGAUGGAGUAUCCAGCCGGGGUACAAACCCUGCCACCCACGAUUGGAGCCAUUCCUACCAUGGCGAACUCGACCCCGGCCACAGUACAACAAGCCCCAGCGCCUCAACCUCCUGGCAAUCUCCAACUAGCAUUGCAUCAGCCGUAUCCAGCGCCAUACCAACCAAGUUACUAUCCUCCACCACCGCCUCCGUACGGAUGGCAAGGAGCAUGGAACACUCCAAGUGUCCCUCCGCAAGUACCUUCGGCGAACGAGUUCCCUGAUCCAGGGAAUCGAGCCUGGUUCACAAAGGAACACCUGGACUUGAUAGAGCGUUGGAAAACGAGGGGGGCGAUUGAAGACGCCAAGAAGAAGGACGGUGGAGAAUCCAGUGGCACGACGUCAACUCGGACAAACAAGAAGGAGAAGGGGAAGAAGAGUAGUGGGAGCAACAUCGAUGGAAGCGAGGAGCGGAUCAAGGCAUGGAUCUCAACGCUGAGUAAGAUGAAGACACGAUCGAAGUCGAGAAGUGGAGGGAUCAAAGUUAGACAACCACGGAUCCUGAUCUCCUCCGACGAUGAAGAUCAGAGGAGAAAGGCUCGAGAGAACUGUACCAUCGAGGUAAAACACGAGAUGCCGGCGAAUGAGGGUGACAAGAAACUGGAAGCGAUCCUAAAUAUUUUAGGAUCGCUGGUCCGACAAACCAAAAUGAAGGAUGGUGAAGGGGACAUCCGUGAAAAAGAGAAGCUGGAAGAAGAUACAACCACGGAUACCGAAUCCAAGAUUGAGAUGGCAAGUGUGAAAGGAAAGGAGGCGUUGGAAGAAGACAAAGAAGAGGAAGAGAUCAGUGACGAUUCUACCGAAGCCGAAGAGGAUGAUGGUGAAGAAGAAAAAGGCAAGGAAGGAGACGUCAUCAAAUAUAUGAAGGGGAGAUUAGAUCACUAUAUGUGCAAGACCCUCAAGGAAGUGAAAGUGCUUUGCACGAAGCGCGGACUGAAGUGCAUUCGGAAGGACAAAGGGGCUUGGGAGUUAGCGAAGCAGGACACCGAACAGUACACGAAACUCGUCAACAAAGAAGAUGAAGACGAAACCGAUCACGCCGAAGCCUCAGACGAGGCUGGAUCCGAACAGCAGACCGAUGAUGACGAUGACGUGGCGGGAAAUUAGAUAGGAACACAAAAAAGACUUGGUUGAGAUCCUUGCGACGACUGGGGAAUUAUCUCUCCACAAUAAAGGGAAAAGGGAGGG